UCGUCUGGCCAUCACUGUGUCGUGCACGGGUGCACGAACAAUCAACGGAAAAGGAACAUUUUAGGCGUGACUGUGUGUCCGCAGCACAGCACGCCGCGCGAGGGCUGCAAGUGUGACAUGUUCUCGCUGUAUCGCUUUCCGUCGUCGCCGGAAUUGCAGAAGAAAUGGGUGGCGUCGGUAAAUCGGAAAAACUUCCGUGUGUCGCCAUCGUCACGCCUGUGUUCGCGGCACUUCGUUGGCGGAAAAAAAACCGACGAGAACAACGUCCCCAUGCUGCAUCUGGGAUACCAACGAAAGGUUGUUGUGGGGCGGCGACGCUUGGUUAGGCAAGAAUAUCUUCCCAAAUCAAAGAAGAAGCGUGUGAAUGAUGACGCCCUCUCGGACUCGGCUGAGACAAGUGCGCAAGCAAGUGAAGGCACACCUCUCUCCGACACUGAGAAUGAUGAGAACGUGCCCAAUCUAUGCAAGCCUUCUUUGAACAGUGACCCGAAAGCAGCCUUCGAUUUAGGAGGAUUCCAGUCGUGCACGGCAUUCGCGGAUAUGUGGCUCUAG